AUGGCCUCACCCCCCUCUGCGGAGCCGCCGAUCUUGCAGCCCCAAUUCUCGUUGGAGCUCUUCACCUCCAGCAAGGAUCCACCACAGGUUGAUUAUGACCAUGUGACGAAUUCGGAGCUCUUGCAGGCCAUGCACGAGUUGCAUUAUUCCCUGGCAGACAAAGUGGAGAAACUGAGCAAGAGUGUGCACGUGCACAGCAAGACUUCUGACAUUCGCAAACGAGAUUCAUCGGAGUCCGAUCACUCCGCAAGCUCUGAAGCACCAUGGCGCUCUACAUCAGGAAACACCCGCAGAUGCCAGGCCAACCAAAGUGCCGCCAUGCAAGCUUUGCAAAUGGACAUCACAAAACUGGUGCCAGUCUCAGUAGCGGUACACCAAGGGACGAAGCUGAGUGCACAACCCUGGGCAACAGGGAGAGGGCGCGUGAAAGCAAAGGAACAUGAGGACCCCGCUUCGAUGCCGUUGCCUGUGCUGCCGGAGGUUCCUGGUGCUUUGGGAGGGAUGGAGGCAAAGGACACCAACCCAUCAGCCUCGAUGGCUGAAGGCAGCGAGGUGAAAGCCACAGAGAGUGUGAACAAGAAUUUCUCCAGUGGCUCAAAGCCUAGCUGGGGAAGAGAAGGCAAGAACAGACGUUCAAGCAUUGACUUGUCUCUUGCCGUGUCAAGGGCAAAACUCACGGAAGUCUUCAAGGUGCGGGAGAUGCAGCUCACUGCAGAUUUGUCUCCCAGAGACAAAGGCAAAGUCGACUUGGAGGAGUCGAGCAGUCAAGGCGAAGUGGACGAAGCCGGGCUUCAUUUGGUAGCAAGAUCCUUGUGGCUGAAGCUUCAUCCAGUGAACACCUUGUUUGCGCGACACCUCUCCAAGGCUUUGGGUUUACUGCCCUUGUUCCAAGAGGGCACUGAUGGUUGCUGCGGCCGAUGGAAGCAUUGGGCGUCACGCCUCUAUCACUGGUUGCUGAUUUCAUACCUUCUUCAUGGCAUCGUGAUAGGAACCUAUGAGCUGAGCGUUUGA